AUGGUGACUGAACAUGAGGCUAAAACAGAGAGCAAGGGCACCACUGAUGAGCCUGUUGUGCAAGAGACCAAAGAGGGCAGCUGCCUGUUCUAAUUUCAAAGAGAAGGAAUUGGACUUAUCUGAAAAAGAUUUAUUUAUCACAGUCGAGGAAAGUAGGGUGGAAGAAUGGGAAAUAGAUGCUGUUAGGUUGACAAAAACAGAACCUGAAGACCGUCGACCUUCCAGAAAACUCAUUGAUUUCGCCUUGCAUGAUGCGGAUGGUAAUGUGCAGCCCUUUGAAACGUCCGAAGUUGAUGCUAUUUUCAUAACAGCUCUUUUCAUGCCCUUGGACAAUGGUCUGGAAAAGGAUAGAGAAAAGGGUAUACGCUGUUCAGGAUUUGGGCAAAUUAAGGACUGGAAAAUUUCUGGGUACAAUGAGGGUAUUGCUGUAAUUUGGGUUUCAACAGAAAUAGCUGAUUACAAAUGUGUGAAGCCGGCAAGCAGUUACAGAUCCUAUUUUGAACACUUCAGUGAGAAGGCUCGAGUCUGUGUUGAAGUUUACAGGAAGUUAGUCAAAUCAGUUGGUGGAAAUCCUCAGAUAGGCCUGGAAGAGUUGCUUCCUAGUGUUAUCCGUUCCAUUAAUUCAAGCAGAAAAUCUCGUGGGACAAUGAGCAAGGACUUUGUCAUCUCCAUUGGUGAGUUCAUAUACAGCCAAUUUGUUGUAUUAGAUAAUACACCAGACAUCAACGAUGAGAUAUUUGUCACACUUCCUGUUCUUAUUGCACUAAGAAAUGAAAGUAAGUCUAGAGUAGAAUUCAACAAGUUCUCUGCUAUGCCUUCAAGCGGAACUCUGAAGAUAAAGGAUGAGCUGUGUAAGGUAGUAGGUGAGGAUGAUGAGAAAUUAGCAAGACUGUUGCAGGAAGAGGAGGAAUGGAAGAUGAUGAAGCAGAGAGGGAAACGUGGAACCUCACAGAAAAAUGUCUACAUCAAAAUUAGUGAAACUGAGAUUGCCAAUGACUAUCCAUUGCCAGCUUACUAUAAAUCAUAUAGUCAAGAAAUGGACGAGUACAUAUUUGAUAGUGACAAUGGCAUGUUUUCUGGUGAUAUGCCCGUGAGAAUCCUUAACAACUGGGCUCUUUAUAAUUCAGAUUCCAGACUCAUUCCUUUGGAGCUCAUCCCUAUGAAAUCAGGAGCUGAAAAUGAUACAGUAAUCUUUGGAUCAGGUUUUAUGAGAGAAGAUGAUGGUAGUUGCUGUUCAACUGCUGAGUCAGCACAGUUAUCUUCUUCCUCAAGUAAAUUGUGCCAAGAAGAUCAGGGAAUUUCAAUUUAUCUGAGCCCAAUAAAGGAGUGGGUUAUUGAAUUUGGUGGUUCAAUGAUCUGCAUAACCAUUCGAACUGACGUGGCUUGGUACAAAUUACGCCAGCCAACAAAGCAAUAUGCUCCAUGGUGUGAGCCUGUGCUGAAAACAGCAAGGCUGGCUGUUAGCAUCAUCACCCUUUUAAAAGAACAAAGUCGUGCUUCAAAGCUUUGUUUCACCGAAGUGAUUAAAAAAGUAACAGAAUUCGACAGUGGACACCCUGCAUUUAUAUCAUCAAGCACAACUGUUGUUGAAACAUAUGUUGUGGUACAUGGACAAAUUAUACUUCAACAGUUUGCAGACUUUCCAGACGAUUCGAUCCGACGGAGUGCUUUCGUCAGAGGCCUCGUACUGAAGAUGGAAGAAAGAAGACAUACAAAGUUGGUAAUGAAGAAAAAAUCCCAAUUGAUGAGAGGAGAGAAUCUGAACCCAAGUGCAAAAAUGGGCCCAAUAUUAAGAAGGAAGCUUAUGCGUGCAACAACUACAAGAUUCAUCAGCAAGAUAUGGGGUGAUUAUUAUGCCGCACACUUCCCAGAAGAUACUAUGGUAGAUGGAAAUGAACAAAAGGAAAUUGAUGAGGAGCAAGAAGAAAACGAAGAUGUUGAUACUGAAGAGGAGGUUAUUGUUGAAAUUGAACAGCCUGUGAGGACCCCACCAUCAACACAGUCUAGAAGGUCACCAUCAAAGACUUGCAAGGAAGUUGACUGGAAAGGGGAAACAGCUGGAAAAACAGUGUUUGGGGAAGUUAUAUACAAAUGUGUUACAGUUCGAGGUCUUACUAUUGGUGUUGGUCAGUCAGUCACAUUGGAAGAUGAUUCAGGAGAAGCCAUCAUGUGCUUUACUGAGUACAUGUAUGAGAAACAUGAUGGUACAAAAAUGGUUCAUGGAAGAAUUCUGCAAAAAGGUUUUCAGACUGUUCUUGGCAAUGCUGCAAAUGAAAGGGAGGUUUUCUUGACUAAUGAUUGUCUAGAAUUCGAAGUAGGUGACAUCAAAGAAUUGGUGACUGUUAAUGUCCAAUUGAUGCCAUGGGGCUACAAAUACAGGAAAGAGAAUUCAGAAGUUAAUAGGAUUGAGAGGGCGAAGGCAGAGGAGAGGAAGAGGAAGGGUCUACCUGUUGAAUAUUUUUGCAAAAGCUUAUACUGGCCAGAGAAAGGUGGUUUCUUCUCUGUUCCUCAUGAUAAACUUGGCAUUGGAACUGGUGCCUGUAGCUCCUGUAAGGAGAGAAAACAAGUUGGUGAUGAAUUCAAGAUACUUUCGGAGACCAGUUUUGUCUUCAAGAAUAUCAGAUACAAUGUUAAUGACUAUCUGUAUGUUAGGCCUGAAUUUUUCUCCCGGGAGGGCCACGAGACCCACAAAGCUGGAAGAAACGUGGGUCUAAAGCCUUAUGUUGUAUGUCAUGUGUUGAGUAUCCAUGCUCCUGCUGGAUCUAAUAAAGCGCAUCCAGAAUCAACAAAAGUCAAUGUAUACUACAGUGAAGAUACCAUGACUGUGCCAGUGGCCAUGAUUGAGGGAAAAUGUGAAGUUAGGAUGAAGGACGACCUUCCAAAUUCAGAUCUUCCAGUGGUGGCUGAGCACGUAUUUUACUGUGAACAUUUGUUUGAUCCUGUUACUGGAGCCCUGAAACAGCUUCCACCCAAUGUUAAAAUCAUGUCACUGAUAAGGAGGUCACCUCCUGCAUCAAAGAAGAAUAAAGGAAAGCAAAUUUGUGAGCAUGAGCUAGCUGGUUCAGACAAAAAGAAGGAUAUGCCAUCAGAGAACUUUGCAACUCUUGAUAUUUUUGCUGGCUGUGGAGGUUUAUCUGAAGGAUAGCAGCUAGCUGGAGCAUCACAAACAAAGUGGGCAAUUGAAUAUGAAGAGCCUGCUGGGGAAGCAUUUGGUGAAAAUCAUCCAGAAGCAGCAGUAUUUGUGGAGAACUGCAAUGUGAUUUUGAAGGCAAUAAUGGAUAAGUGUGGUGAUGCUGAUGAUUGCAUCUCUACUUCUUAGGCUGCUGAACGAGCAUCAAAACUUUCUGAUGGGAAGACCAAGAAUCUGCCUGUGCCUGGCGAAGUAGACUUUAUCAAUGGUGGACCUCCAUGUCAGGGUUUUUCUGGAAUGAACAGAUUCAAUCAAAGUCCCUGGAGCAAGGUUCAGUGUGAGAUGAUCCUAGCAUUCUUCUCUUUUGCGGAAUAUUUCCGCCCUAGAUUCUUUCUCCUAGAAAAUGUCAGGAACUUCGUUUCGUUCAACAAAGGCCAGACCUUCAGACUAACACUAGCAUCACUCCUUGAGAUGGGAUACCAGGUUCGAUUUGGCAUUCUAGAGGCAAGUGCUUAUGGUGUCGCCCAGUCCAGAAAAAUGGCAUUCAUCUGGGCUGCCGCACCCGGAGAGAUCCUUCCGGAGUGGCCUGAACCAAUGCACGUCUUUGCUAGCCCUGAGCUGAAGAUAAACCUACCUGAUGGCAAAUACUACGCGGCUGUCAAGAGCACUGCCGCAGGGGCACCUUUCCGGUCAAUAACAGUUAGAGAUACAGUAGGGGAUCUCCCACCUGUGGAAAAUGGCGCCAGCAAGCCAACAAUACAGUAUGGGAGCGAGCCAGUGUCAUGGUUCCAGAAGAAGAUCAGACGUAACACGAUGUCGUUGAAUGACCACAUCUCCAAGGAGAUGAACGAGCUGAAUCUCAUCAGGUGCAAGCACGUUCCAAAGAGACCUGGCUGUGACAGGCAUGACCUGGCAGAUGAGAAGGUGAAGCUGUCAACCGGGCAACUGGUGGACCUGAUACCCUGGUGUCUGCCCAACACAACCAAAAGGCACAAUCAGUGGAAGGGGCUGUAUGGAAGGCUGGACUGGGAGGGCAACUUCCCCACCUCCGUGACGGAUCCCCAGCCUAUGGGCAAGGUCGGCAUGUGCUUCCACCCUGAGCAGGACAGGAUCAUCACAGUCCGUGAGUGUGCCAGGUCUCAGGGCUUCCCUGACAGCUACCGGUUCGCGGGCAACAUCCAGUGCAAGCACAGGCAGAUCGGGAAUGCCGUGCCGCCUCCGCUUGCCUACGCGCUCGGGAGGAAGCUCAAGGAAGCCAUCGACGCCAAGCGCUGAGCCGCUUGCCUGCGUCGCCCGUCAAUUUUUUGGGUUGGUCCUGAUGCAUGUGAUCGGCACUGGACUUGCAGCAUUUUGUGAACAGACAGACUCUUAACUGGGUUCCGGGAUGGUUACACGGACGGCCUUCUGUACAUCUAACGGAAGGAGGAUGUUUAAGUGGCUAACACCAAUAGGAUCAUAGCAUUGGUGGUAUAUUUUGUGGACGGUAACUUAUGUCAGCGGGGUACACUCUUUUGUGGAGACUGAAGCCCUUGGCGGUCUAAUCCAAUCUUUUGGGGACUGUAAUUUAAGUGAUAUGAUAACAAUAUUGCUUUCUGAA